AUGCCUGAUACCGGCAGUUUCCACAAAUUGCCUGUCUUGGUCCAUAGCGGUUUAUCUGGUGGGUUCUCACGCCUCUGUCCUCCUACCCCCUGCACUGCUGCACGCUGCACGCUACCGCCACCGUUUCUACAGCUCAGCAGCCAUCACCCAGGCCACCACUACCCUCUACAACAUCUGUCCCAUCUUCCUCACCCAAAAUCCCAGUGCCUCAGUGGUCUGUGCACCCCCAGCUUGCAGCAUCCUGCAGGCUGCCUCCCACCUCAUUCUACAACGCUUGUGCCCAGCACCAAGUGGUCUCUGUGUCCCCAGAAUGCUGCCAGCACCAACCUGCUUCCCACCUCAUUAUCCUUGCCCACCACUGCCCUCUACAACACCUGCCCAAGUGGUCCAUGCACCCACUAUCAAACCUGGUCUCAGCUAAUCGCCUACACCUACAGAUUCACCACUUGUGGAUCACACCAUUCAGAUCCACCAAUGCCUGGUGUGCUCUAUUUGCCUACACCUACAGAAUCCUCACUUGGGGAUCGCACUAUUCAACCAUUUGUCCACCUGGUCCGUGCACCCACUAUCACCCGGUCUCAGCUAAUUGCCUAUGCCUACAGAAUCCUCGCUUGA